AUGUCUAGUCAGUCACCACAAAAUCAAGCAUCUCUAUACGUUCCCGAAAACAUUGUUCAUAAUGUCAAAACCAUCACGUUUAUUCGUUCUUCAAUGUCAGCUAUCACCGGUUCAGCAGCUGGAAUUUUGGGCUUAACCGGCUACAGUGGUUUCAUAUUUUAUACUUUAACAGCAAUUCUUACUUCUUUUCUAAUAUGGUCAAUUAAAACUAAUGCGAAUCCAGGAGUAUACUUUCGUAAUGGUUCUGAUGUAUGGACUGAAGGUGUAUUUGGUGGUUUAUUUUCCUACGUACUAUUUUGGACUUUAUUGUACGGAAUUGUUCAUGGUAUGUUAUGUGCGAAAACAAUAAUCUUUGACGUAUCUAGCGCACUUAUUUAA